AUCCUCUAUAUUCCACCGUGAGCAGACUAGCGUCGCCCAUUUUGCGGUGUGAAAAAUCUCUGGAACUGGAAGCUUCAACUGUUAUCUGGUCUAUCAUCUUCUCAAAGGAGUAAAUGUUGCCAUGAAUUCACUGACAGCAUCUCAAAAGACCAAUACCCACUUGGAGCACAUUCACUGAUAUAAUUAACUACAUUCAAGACAUUAUAUUUGUUAUCAAAUGGAUGCUGGAAGGACUUUGCUUUCUUCUCCCCCAACAUUUCCUCGAAGAACCCACCUCAAGAGUUGUCUCUCUUCUCCUGUUUUGAUGUUUCAUGAACAAGCGGUUUCUACGGUUACUCCUGUUCCAACCACUUCUAUAGCUCGAAAUUUCCCUACUUCUGUUCUUUUGCAAGAGCAGCGUGAGGAGAUUAGGCCUCUCCUGAACGUAGUCAAGGAAGACAGAAUUUCUCAGACAACAGUGGAUAGAAAACAGAUGGAAGUUGGGACCUCAGUAAAUGAAGAGAAUGGUGGUUUGGAUCAACUGGUGCUGGAAUCCGGGUAUUGCUCACUUGGUUGGCCCAAAUUUUGGAAUUUAAAGUCUCCUUUACAAAUAGCGCAAAGUCCAUCCUGGUCAUUGACUGUGCAGUCCAUCACUGCCAAUACCGACAAGCUUAUGCCGGUUGAAGCAACUAAUGUGAUUGACCUUGCUAAGAAAGCUUUGUCAGCUUCAAAAGAAGCAGCAUUAUUAGCUGAGAAAUGCAGUGAUCUUGAUGACGUAGUUUCUAAUAGCUUGAGGACCACAUGUUCAUCUGACUUCUCAGUUGAGGAGGUGAAAACUGUUAGGUCAACACGGCAUUUGGAGAGACAGUCUAAAACUCGGAGGGUGCCAAAAGCAAGAGAUGUUUUUCAUGAGCCUUAUAAUUCUAGGAGGGCUGAUGUACAAAAAAAGAUAAAUGAAGGAUUUGAUCCAAAGGAUCCACUUCGAUUAUUUUUGUGGGGUCCUGAAACAAAACAACUUUUGACUGCUAAAGAGGAGUCUGAAUUGGUUGCUCAAGUACAGGAUUUAAUGAGGUUGGAGAAGGCAAAGAAAAGUCUUCAGUUUCAAUUUGGCCGUGAACCAACCUUGGUUGAAUGGGCUGAUGUUGUUGGGCUUAGUUGUUCAGCCUUGCAGUCACAACUUUGUGCUUGUAACAUCAGCAGAGAAAAGCUGAUUACUGCAAAUCUGCGGAUGGUAGUUCAUAUUGCUAAACAAUAUCAGGGCCGCGGUCUCAGCCUUCAGGACUUAAUGCAGGAAGGAAGCAUGGGUCUUAUGAAAAGCAUUGAGAAAUUCAAACCACAAGUUGGGUGCCGAUUUGGCACUUAUGCAUACUGGUGGAUAAGGCAGACUGUUAGGAAGGCCGUAUUUCUGCACUCUAGGACAAUUCGUUUACCAGAGAAUGUGUAUCAUAUCUUGGGCAAAGUAAUGGAAGCAAAGAGGUCAUAUAUUCAGGAAGGAAAUCAUAACCCAACCAAAGAAGAAUUAGCAAAACGUACAGGAAUUACAGUUGAUAAGUUGGAAAGAUUGCUUUUCAUGGCAAGAAUGCCAGUAUCGAUGCAACGAACUGUCUGGGCAGACCAAGCUACUACUUUCCAGGAAAUAACUGCAGACACUGAAAUUGAGAUCCCAGAUGUGGGUGCAGCAAAACAAUUGAUGAGACAACAUGUUCAUGGGCUCCUAAAUAUUCUGAACCUGAAGGAAAGGCAGAUAAUCAGGCUAAGGUAUGGCAUUGAGGAUGGCAAGCCAAAAUCGCUGUCCGAAAUUGGUAAUGUAUUUGGAUUGUCCAAGGAAAGGGUAAGGCAAUUAGAAAGCCGAGCAUUGUAUAAGCUCAAGCAAUGUCUUGGUAGCCAUGGACUUGAGGCAUAUGCAGAUUUACUUGUUUAGAUUUAAUGACCUUAUGUUCCUCUGUGUUUUCAAGCAUAACUUGGUGAGACCCUUGGUUAGUUUUAUAAAGAAUUUGGGCUAGCCAAGAUUAGGCUAUGUAUUGAUGCUUAGCAAUUCUGAUUUUGUAGUAGAAGAUGAAUGCUUAUUCUUUGAUGCAUUUGUUUGUUAAUACAUUCCUGUAUUUCUUUGA